AUGUAUUCGGCGAGACUUCAACCGAUCAUCACGGGAAAACUGCAACCACAAUUUCGCAUCUCUACUUCUAGAAUACCUGGAAUCACUCAAACAGGAAUCAGAAAUCCCUAUAAUUCUUCUUUCAAAUCUAGAUGUCAAAGUACGAAAUCGAAAUCGAAAUCGAAAUUAAAUACAUCUACACCAAUACCGAGUUCUAAACCAAUACCUAACUCCACCAAAUCCGAUGCCAAAAAUGGAUGGUCGACAGAAAGAGUACUUCUGUUGGCGGCGGCCACUGGAGGCUUAGCUUACGCAUUUGCGACUAUGCGGGAAAAGAAUAGGAGGGGUGAAGUUAAAGAUUAUGCAGAUCCGGCGAAGUUUACGGUGCCUAGAUAUGCGAAUAUUAAGGAUAUGGAAAUGGCCUUGAAGGAAAUUCGAGAAGCUACACAUGAGGAUACCAUUUCUACGGAUCCAGAGGAUUUAUUGGCUCAUGGAUAUUCAGAAUGGUCGUCAACCAAUGUUGAUGGUCUCCCAGUAGCCGUAGCUUAUCCAAAAUCUACUGAAGAGGUCUCCAAAAUCACCUCAAUAUGUCACAAAUAUCGUGUACCAAUUGUUCCUUAUUCAGGGGGAUCGAGUUUAGAAGGAAAUGUGUCAUGUCCGUAUGGAGGUGUUAGUGUGGAUUUUGCAUUUAUGGAUCGAAUCGUCGAGUUUCAUGAAGAGGAUAUGGAUAUUGUUGUUCAACCAUCUGUUUCUUGGAUGGAUCUUAACAAGGAACUGGCAAGGCGCAAAUCUGGUCUUUUCUUCCCUGUCGAUCCAGGCCCAAGUGCAAAAAUAGGAGGUAUGGUUGGAACAAACUGUUCUGGAACAAAUUGUGUUCGUUAUGGAUCGAUGAAAGAUUGGGUAAUAAACCUAACCGUCGUCCUCUCAGACGGAACAAUCAUCAAGACUAAACGACGGCCCCGCAAAUCUUCCGCUGGCUACAAUCUUAACAGUCUUUUCGUAGGCUCCGAAGGGACCCUUGGUCUCGUGACCGAAAUAACCCUCAAGCUCGCAGUCGUACCUCCUGAAUACUCAGUAGCUGUAGUCACUUUCCCGACGAUACGAGACGCUGCAGCUGCUGCAGCAGGAGUCAUGCGCGCGGGUAUUCAAGUUGCAGCAAUGGAAAUCAUGGAUGAAGUACAAAUGAAAGUAGUCAAUCUAUCGAAAUCCACCGCACCAAGACAAUGGAAAGAACUCCCCACCCUCUUCUUCAAAUUCUCGGGCACCAAAGCCUCAGUUAAAGAAAAUAUAGCCAUGGUAUCCGCAAUUGCCAAAUCCCACCGCGGCAGCUCCUUCGAAUUCGCCAAAGACGCUCGCGAACAGAAACUCCUCUGGUCUGCACGAAAAGAAUCGUUAUGGAGUAUGCUAGCCUUGCGUAAAGAAGGAGGCGAAGUUUGGAGUACGGAUGUAGCAGUUCCGUUCUCGAGAUUAGCCGAUAUCAUUGAGUUGAGUAAGAAGGAAAUGGAUGAUUUGGGUCUUUUCGCUAGUAUUUUGGGGCAUGUUGGUGAUGGGAAUUUUCAUGAGAGUAUUAUGUAUGAUAAGACAGUGGCGGGGGAGAAGGACAAGGUGGAGAAGUGUGUUAAGAAUAUGGUGGUUAGAGCGCUGGAAAUGGAGGGGACUGUUACGGGGGAACAUGGAAUAGGAAUCGGAAAGAAGGAUUCUCUACUCAUGGAACUAGGACAUGAUACUCUGGGAGUCAUGAAAUCUAUCAAACAAGCAUUAGGUGGGUACUUGUUUACUUUUGGUUUCCCACUCUCUUCUACUCUAUCCCUCCUCUCCGAAUAA